AUGUUUUCAAGAGCUUGCCAGAGACUGUUGCUUCCAAGAUACUUGGUACAAAACUCUUCCAAGGUAUUACUAAGCUCGAAAAAGGCCCUUCCUGUUUAUACUAAAAAUUUCACCAAAUUUUCAAACUAUCGAUUUUAUAGUAGCAAAGGGGAUGUCAAACUAACUUCAGAAGUUUAUCCAAGCUUAAAAAGAUUCGAGCACUUUAAAAGACUUACAAGUGAUGAUAUUGUUCAUUUUAAACAAGUUCUUGAUAAUGACGACAAUUUGGUUCUAACGGCUGAUUUGGAUUUCUUUAAUGAGGACCAUUUACGAAAAUAUAAAGGUCAGUCUUCUUUAGUUUUAAAGCCAAAGACCACUGAGCAGGUGUCGAAGAUAUUGAAGUAUUGCAAUGAAAACAGUCUACCAGUUGUUCCUCAGUCGGGAAACACUGGUUUGGUUGGUGGUUCUAACCCAGUGUUUGAUGAAAUUGUUUUAUCGUUGGCGAAUUUGAAUAAGAUUAGAUCGUUUGAUAAUGUCUCUGGUAUUUUAAAAGCUGAUGCUGGUGUUAUCCUAGAGAACGCUGACGCCUUUUUAGCUGAAAAUGGGUUUAUUUUCCCGUUGGAUUUAGGUGCAAAAGGUUCUUGUUUUAUUGGUGGUAAUGUUGCUACAAAUGCUGGUGGUCUAAGACUAUUAAGAUAUGGAUCAUUACAUGGGUCGGUAUUGGGAUUAGAAGUGGUUUUGCCUGAUGGAACAGUGUUGAACUCAUUGAACUCGUUAAGAAAAGAUAACACUGGUUUUGACUUGAAGCAAUUGUUUAUUGGCUCUGAAGGAACAUUGGGCAUUAUAACUGGAGUGUCAGUUCUAUGUCCAACCAGACCAAAGGCUGUCAACGUUGCAUUUUUGGGUGUUGAAUCUUAUGAAGCUGUUCAAAAGGCAUUUACCGAAAGUAAAAACUAUCUUAGUGAAAUCUUAUCGGCUUUCGAAUUUAUGGAUUUGAAUUCUCAAAAACUAUCAAAAGAAUUUUUAAAACAAAAAAGCCAUCCAUUGGAUGAAGAGCAUCCCUUUUACAUACUAAUUGAGACUUCCGGGUCAAAUAAAGACCACGACGAUGUCAAAUUGGAGUCGUUUUUGGAAUAUGCUAUGGAAAAUGAAAUAGUCAGCGAUGGUGUAGUAGCACAAGACGAAACGCAGUUGAAAACUCUCUGGAAUUGGAGAGAAUCUGUUUCUGAAGCAAGCACAAUAUACGGUGGUGUUUAUAAAUACGAUGUCUCAAUUCCCAUCCAGGACUUGUACAGGCUAGUUGAAGACGUCAAAGUCAGAUUGAGCGAUUUCAACUUGAUUGGAGAAACAGAGGAAUUUCCUGUGAAGGAUGCUAUUGGAUAUGGCCAUAUUGGCGAUGGAAAUCUACACUUGAAUGUGGCAGUUAGAAGAUACUCCAAAGAAGUGGAAAGCUGCUUGGAGCCUUUUGUCUACGAGUGGAUCAAAAAGCACAAUGGGUCCAUCUCUGCUGAACAUGGGCUAGGGUUCCAGAAGAAAAACUACAUUGGAUAUUCCAAGUCAGACAUUGAAAUCAACUUGAUGAAGCAGUUGAAGAAGCUCUACGACCCCAAGUUGAUCUUGAAUCCUUACAAGUAUAUAAACUUCGAUAAAUAG